AUGAAGUUUCAAUGGGUCGGGCUCCUCCUAGGGGCCUCGGUUGGAGUCAAUGGUAUGGCCAAAUACAUGCACGAAGCUAUGAGAGGAGAGCGUGUUUCUGGCUAUGGCAAAGCCGACAAUCCCUCCACGCUCCCGCAGUUCAAAGAUGAAUCUCCUCCAUAUCGCGGCCAUCGAAUCUCCCGUGAAGACUGGAUCUUGAAAUGCAGCAGCUCUAUUUCCAAGUUCCCAUGCAAAUAUGCGAUCGAUGGCAAGAACACUACUUCCUGGCGCAGCGACCGCUCCGACAAGGGACAUGAAUUCAUGGUUGAUCUUGGAGCGUGGUACCAAGUGAGCGCCGUCGUUAUCCAACCCCCAGCUGAAACGGAGCUGGAAGGUCUCAUUACCCAGCACAAGGUCUGGGUCAGCCAAGAUGGCGAAGAAUGGACCGGACCUGUUGCAUAUGGAAUGUGGCCUAAUGUAAACAGACAGCGAAUGUCUGCGUUUGAACCAUCCUCUGCCCGAUACUUAAAAAUUACGACCAAUCCCGACGAUGAAAAUCCUUGGGUCGGUAUCGCCGAACUCAACAUCUAUGGAACUCUGUACACCAUUCCUCGUGACCCUGCUCUCGGUGUUUGGGGGCCAACUCUUGAUUUCCCCAUUGUACCUGUCUCCGGUGCUCAGGAGGGAUCUGGUAUGCUUACUCUAUGGUCGUCGUGGGCCGAUGACCUAUUCCACUCGACCCCGGGAGGUAAGACUGUCAUGACCCGAUGGAACCCAUUGACCGACGAGGUCUCCAAGCGCACUGUCAGCGAAACCCACCACGACAUGUUCUGCCCCGGCAUUUCUUAUGACGGCACCGGAAUGAUGGUUGUGACUGGCGGUAAUGAUGCCUCCGAGACUAGUCUCUUUGACUCUGUCAAUGAUGAGUGGGUUCGCGCAACCGAAAUGAAACUCCGUCGUGGAUACCAGGCGUCUACAACUCUCUCUGAUGGACGUGUCUUUGUUAUUGGAGGCUCAUGGGCUGGAGCUUCGAAUGUUGAUAAGGAUGCCGAAGUUUACGACCCUGCUACCAGAAACUGGACUAUGCUCCCCGACGCCAAAGUCAGCGCGAUGUUGACCAAGGAUAUGGAAGGUCCUUGGCGAGCGGACAACCAUGGCUGGCUCUUCGGCUGGAAGGAUCUGAGUAUCUUCCAAGCAGGGCCUAGCAAACAGAUGAACUGGUACUCCGCUCAUGACAAUGGAAGUGUUCAGGCGGCAGGACUUCGCAUGCGGGAUGAGGAUUCCAUGUCUGGCAAUGCCAUUAUGUUUGAUGCCGUGAAGGGAAAGAUCCUCACGCUCGGUGGCUCUCCUGACUAUGAUAAAUCGUGGGCCACCAAUGCCGCCCAUAUUAUCACGAUCGGCGAACCAGGUCAACCGCCGAGGGUUGAACCAGCCGGAAAAGAAGGCGCUAUGCACUAUGAGCGUGUGUUCCACACUACGGUCGUUCUCCCCGAUGGAAAGGUUGCCAUCUUCGGCGGUCAGAAGUAUGGUGUUGCUUUUAAUGAGGAAAACGUCCACUUUAUUCCAGAACUCUAUGACCCUGAAACCAACUCUUUCCAGAAGCUACAGCAGAACAAUAUGGUGAGAGUGUAUCAUACCGUCUCAAUCCUCCUCCCAGAUGCUCGGGUAUUGAAUGCAGGCGGUGGUCUUUGUGGCAAUUGCACAGCCAACCACUAUGAUGGCCAGAUCUUCACUCCUCCUUAUCUCCUUACGGAUUCUGGAGAGCCCCGGCCCCGUCCUGAGAUCAUUUCAGGCCUGCAAGAUAAAGUCAUGGCGGGUAGCACCCUGAGAUUCAAGACCUCCGGCCGAAUCUCGAAAGCUUCUCUGAUCCGUCUGGGCACCAACACCCACACUGUCAACACUGAUCAACGCCGCAUUCCACUUGACGUUACUACUACGCCAUUCUUCGGUAGCACCUACAAAGUUAGACUGCCAAAAGACACUGGUAUCCUAAUUCCUGGAUACUGGAUGCUCUUCGUUAUGGAUCGGGAUGGCGUUCCUAGCAUCGCAAAGAUCAUGAUGAUCACCGUGGACGACAGGAAGACCAUCCAGGGUGCACAGGACCCCGAGGAACAGAACCGUGAGCAUGAAUCUCUCCUGACUUUAUGGUGGUCUUAG